AACAACCGCAACAUUAUUUUUUUUCCGACAGAAACACACAGCAAAGAAGUUGUCCUAAAACCCUCCCAAAAACAAAUACUGUUAGAAAGAUGGCGCGAGAAAAUAGUUGUUUGAGCAGAAUCGCUGCCGGAGCUGCUGUCGGCGGCGCACUUGGCUGCGCUGUAGGUGCUGUGUAUGGAACUUACGAGGCGUUUAGGUUCAGGGUCCCUGGGCUUAUGAAGAUAAGGUACAUAGGGAAAACAACCAUGGGCAGUGCAGCAAUCUUUGGGCUUUUCCUAGGUGCUGGCAGUUUGAUACAGUGUGGAAAAUAAGCGUCAAGUUUGUGCCCUUGCAAAGUCUCAUGGUGAAAGAUUUGUUUCUUUUUAUUUAAUUAGUAUUUUGGAUGAACUCUCUCAUGUGUUUUCUGCCGCUAUAUGAAUUUUUCAUCUCUUGGAUUUUGAUGCUUGUUAUUCAUUUUGCCUACUAUAAUACUCUUGUUAAUGGAAAGAUCAUGUUACAAAGAUCUUAGUUGCAAAGUAAAGCAUAGAAAAG